AUGGAGGAUGCCUCCGCUGUAACGAUCAAAUACGAGGGAGGAGAUGAAGAGGAGUCGGAAGAUGUCAGUGAACAUUCAACCAAGAAGACCGAAAACAGCGCCAACAAGUCUGCCAAAGAUGACAGUACCGAUAGUAAGUGACCCCAUCCUUCCACAAUCAUCUAAACACAGCUAGCUAAUUAGCUAACGUUAACUAAUGCUACAACAUGCUCAUAUCCAUGUUUGCUAGUUAGCUAAUUAGCGUUAAACUAUUCUAACAUGAUCAUAUCCUAGUUAAAUGACUAACUAGCUAAGGUUUCCGUUAUCGUUAGGUAGCCAUUGACCAGAAAUCAAUGUGUCCCAUUUUAUCUUGUGCACAUUUUUAGCUAACUAGUGGUGACUAGCAAGCUGUGCGUGGUAUAGUCGCUAACGUUGCUAGUUAGCAAGGGGUAAAUAGUCGUUCAUCCGAAUGACAUCAGUACCGUUUUAGUUAAACUCUUCAAUGUUACGUGAAAUCCAGUAGGCUGUCAUAUAUUGUGAUAAAUAAUAGGGGUAUUUAUUACGCCUAUUCUGUUGCAAUACAUUCCUGAAACGGAAGUGAACGAAACGGGGAGCGACCUACCUCAAUUUGUCCAGUAGAAACUCUUGUUUUAUUUGCUAAAUGAAACGAUUUGCAACUGUUUGGCUAAUGAUUACGACCCUGGACUAGCGUGAUCACCUCCCCAAUGUUUUGGAACUUGUAAACGUGACGUACUUCCCCGUAGGCCAGAGCCGUCUAAUUGUCCCCCACGAUUAAAUCGGAGCAAGUGUGGGUAGCUGCAGACCAAUAUGGCGACCGGAGUGUGGGUGUGUCGAAAGGAGUGGGUGUAUGGAAAGUAUGUCAGCUAAUUGGGCAGAUACUGUAUGUUGCAACUCAAUACCGUUUUGCGUUGCUAAUUGGGCUGCAUGACGAGUCGAUAAGCCGGCGACCAGUGCACCAGUGUUGUAUGGACAUAUAAUAAUAAUAAUAAUAAUAAUAAUAAUAAUAAUAAUAAUAAUAAUAUGCCAUUUAGCAGACGCUUUUUUCCAAAGCGACUUACAGUUAUGCGUGCAUACCUUUUUUUUUGUGUAUGGGUGGUCCCGGGGAUCGAACCCACUACCUUGGCGUUACAAGCGCCGUGCUCUACCAGCUGAGCUACAGAGGACCACAUGCCUGUCGAUCUGAGACCUGACCGUGAUACACAGGAAGCGUCCUACUGGGUAUCACGGUCCUGUCGCAGGCGGUAGCUAACCCCCCCAUAUUGAUAACCAUCUGGAUGUAACCUUGAUGCAUGCACAUACAGUAUACUCAAUGGGGAGGGCAUGAAUGGCAACAACACCAGGACACAGUGCCCUUCGCUCCCGUUUGAUAAGCACUAUAAGAACUGAAACUGUACAAUUAUUUGUGUAAAACAGUGAAAUGAGACUCAUACUAAUCCUCUGUCUUCAAAACAGAAGUACUCUCGCGGUAUGGUAGCUCAAUCAAUUUACAGUAGUUGCGUGGUAAGAAACGGAAGGGGAAAAAACACCGCUCAAUCAAAACCGUCUAGCCUAUAGCAGAGCGCUUUCCACACACCCACUACUUUCCUUUCGGCACGCCCAUACUCCGUUCGCCAUAUUGAGCUGCCUCUACCCACCUCUCAAUUGGAGGGGGGACUAUGGAACUGUCUCCGUUUGUACGUACGUUAGUCACACGCGAUAUCUCAGACACCACUGGCACGAUUUUGUCAUAACUUGGGUGAAUGAUCCGUCUUGCCAUAGAGAUCUGGCAUUUACACAAUUACAAUGAUUGGCCCAAGGGGGGCGCUGUAGUAAUCAACUGAAAUUCAAAACUUUGAACAAGCAUAUGUCCUGUCCUGUUUGAGUUUGAAUUGUCACUAAUUGGCCCAAGUGCUGCAUCAUUCGUGGGGGACAACAUGUUUACAGUUUUAGAGUAAUACAGCUUAAAGGGCUCUGUCAUAGGCUAUUUAUCAUACAAGCAAAACAUUUGCCCAGGAGCUGAAUAGGUGAAUCUUUGAUAAUUUUAUUCAAUAUCUUCUGGUGAGAUUCUCCUAUUUGAGACAUGAUGAAAUGUUUGAUAGAGAACUUCAUGGGGUCUCUAUAGAGUAGACCUAAAUUUGGCUCCAUAACCUGUCAUUCACUCAAGGGGAAAUCAUACGAUCCCAAUUCUUUCUCUGUCCACUGGUCAGUAGUGUAUAGGAUAACUUGACUGAUCUGAAAAGCGUGAUGAAUAUUUAGGUUCAAUCAAACUUUCCCAAUACAGAAGUUAGGUUGAAAUCCUUUACAUUAGGCUGCUUCACACAUUCAUGUCUUUAUAACAAUUACAUUUCAACAGAAUAUUAUCCACAAUGAGUUGACUCUCCAUCGUUAGGUUGAUAUGCCCUUUAGCAAAGAUUAUUAUUGUCAAGCAAAAUGUAUCUCUGUCAAAAUAUACAUCCAUCCAAACAAAAGUUGUAUCUAUUGCUACAUUUUUAUCUUGAUGAUAAUAUGUAUCAUUGUAAUAAAAUAUGCUUAAGUCUUGUUUCUUUUUGACAGUCAUGGAAUUUUGGAUGAUGGUCACGUUUUAUAAUCGUUAUAAUUUUUUAAGACAAACAUUUUCUCAUCUCCCUCCUGAGCUGUGCUGCUGCAGGGAGGGGGGUGUUGCCUAGGCAACCAAAUACUUGUUUUCUACCAAAGCCUUGCUUGUUCAGCAAAGAGCAGCAAAGUUUCAUUAAGUUGUAACGAGUCUGUUACCGUGGAAACGGACUCAACAGCCUAAAUGCCCAGUCCUCCCGUCUUCAGUCAGCUGUUCUUUCCACACAAAAAAAGAAAACGGUUAUGACGGUUAUUUUAAUUUUCAUGACUGUCUUCAUCCAUAAUCGUUGGUUACACGAUUAUACGGUAAUUGUGCAAGCCCUAAUUGUACUCGGAGGCACAUAGUCAUUAUCUGACAUAAUAAAUAUUCAUUUGUAUUAUUGUUUAGUUUUCUUUUCUCUUUUCUUUGGCAACAGGAGUCGCCCUGACCUCCCAUUUUCCCCUUUCUAUUUUUAGGGGAUGGGCUUUUCCGCUGUCUGGAUUGUGGAGAAGCCUUUGAGGAGGAGGCGGCCUACCAGGAGCAUCAACAUGAGCACACCCAUGAUGGACCCAUAGUCUGCCUGGACUCUGACUCCCAAUUGGAUGGCUUGCUUGUUUCAGAGAGUGGGGGCCAACGAACACUAUGUUGCGCUCUUUGUGGGCGCAAAUUUGCAGACUCAAGGGGUUUUUACUCACACCAGGUCAAACACCGUAAUGAAGCCCUCAAGCAGUCAACUCCUGUUUUGCAAUCAACUCCUGAUCAGAGCGCAGGGGUGGCUAAGCAGUAUGUCUAUGAAUGUGAAGACUGUGGUAAAUCCUAUACUUCGAUGGGCUCUUUCAUCAGUCAUACACGCUCACACAAGCAAGCUUCCAAAUCAGUUUUCCAUGAGCUGGCACACCUGAAAAAGAAGUCCUUUGAGUGUCAAACUUGUGGUCGCUGUUACUCCCGUGCAUCAGCUCUUGACGCUCACCGCCGUUGUCAUGAGGUCAAACUAAUCCCGAAGUCCCGCAAAAGGGGUGCAGAGAAGCGACCUCCCGCAGAGGAGCCUGCCAUUGCAACAGAGGACAGCAACAAAGCUUCUGAACAGAUAGAUGGGGCACAGGAAAAUCUGUUUGGGUGUUCAUGUGGCAAAACAUUUCGUGCCCAGUCUGGCCUGAAAACACAUCAACGAUUUAGCCACAAUGACAAAUGUUCUCCUGAAAAGCUUAAGAGAAAACCCAAAAAAUUUGACUGCAGUGAGUGUGAGAAGACCUUCAGUUCUUACGCCGGCAUGCUCUGCCAUCAACGCUAUCAUAUGAAACGAGGUGGUAGUGGUGGCAAAAGGUUUCCGUGUGAGGAGUGUGGCAAGGUCUUCACAACGCUCACAUUCUACUACAAGCACCAGCGUUUGGCUCAUACUGAAGAGACUCCAGCAAAGUCUUUCCUUCAUCAGGUUUGCCAGCUCCAGAAGAAAGCGUUUGAGUGUCAGGAGUGUGGGCUCCGGUUUUCCAGGGCCUCGGCUCUCCAGUCCCAUCAGCUUUGCCACCACUAUGUUUUUGGAGGGACUGAGAAAGAAUCCCAGACACAAACAUCCCCACUACCUCAACAUAAGCUAUUACUGGAUAACAAGACAGAGACUGAAACAUUUGCUUUAGGGGCCAUUGUCUACCCACAGGACACCCCUCAGACCCCUGUGACGGAGAGAGACUCAUCGUUCUAUGAAACUGAUGGGGAUGCAGAGGCUGAUGGAACUGAUGAUGUCAAUGUAGAGGUGAUCAGUGUAAGUGCCUCAGAUGGCUCUGUAAGGGAUGAAGAAGAAUCACUACAAGAACUCAACCCUGAUCUUGAAUUACUGUGUGAAUCAGACCAGGAUGGAAAAGAGGAGAUGGAUGCUGUGUUGUGUCCAACGGAGUACUUCUCUAGUACACUUAAGUCUAAACCAGAGAUUGAUCUGAAAAUUGUACAAAUUGACUUUCUGCCAUUUGAAGGCGAAGGAGCUCAAACGGAGAAGGUUCAGGAACAAGACCCACCUAAAAGAUUUAACUGUCCUGAGUGUUACCGCUGGUUCACCAGUGCUGCAUCUUUGCGCUCUCACAAACUGUGGCACAGAGUAGAUGGCAAAAAACUAUGGAGUCCUGAAAAUGAUAUUUUCAAGUGCAAUGUUUGUGGGUUUGACACUACACAUCGGAAAACGUACCACAAUCACAUGCGAAAACACGAUGGCCGAAAACCCCACAAGAGUGUAUUGUACCAGCUUGCUGGACUACAGAAGAAUAGCUUCAAAUGUGAGGUGUGUGGAAAGUGUUUCUCACGCAUGUCUGCCCUACACUCUCAUCAGCAACAGCAUCCAAAAAGCAAAGCUCAUCCAUGCCCAGAUUGUGAGAAGACUUACUCUAAUGCCAGUGGUUUGUACAACCACCGCAAAAGCUGCCGCGCUCAAACCCCCACCCAAGAUGAAGUACCAGACACUAAAAGUGAAGUGUUUAAUCCAAAGAAGACUUUAUUAGGGCCCAAAGGUUUAUUAUUGCGAGCGAUGUGGGAAGGGCUUCUGGUCUUUGGGUGCUUACGCUCACCACAAGCAGAAUCAAGCUCAGUGUGUACAUUUGAAGGAGAAGAAUGAGCCAACCUUGUCUUCACAUUCUGCCAAUGGUCCUCCACAUGUUCGUGGGAAAGUUGCCUGCCCUGUAUGCGGGAAAGACAUUUCGUCACCAAGGCAUUAUGAAAUCUCAUAUGAGGAAACACGAGAAUGGGAAUCAUAGAUGUGAACUUUGUAGCAAGUCUUUUCGCAUGUUCUCAAGCCUCCUCAGGCACCAGGUUGUACAUAAUGCUCGAAUCCUCCCGCCUCCUAUCAAGUCUUUUCAACAUCAGGUAGAACAAGUGAAGAAGAACGCAUACAGCUGCCCUGAUUGUGGAAAACUGUUUUCACGAGCCAAGGCACUUAAAUUCCACAUGAAGAGCCAUGGUUAUGAGACUGACUACUCUGCCUCAUCGCCUAAAUCUGCUCUUGAGCUAGAGGGGCUGAAGUGUUCAACAUGCCUUGCCCAUUUCAGCAACAAAUCCUCAUUGCACACUCACCAAAAACAGUGUGGCAAGAUAAAGACUGUCAGUAAAAGCCACAAGGAGGAUAUUGCCCAACAUGACACAGUUCCUAAGGCGAAGAAGUUCAAAUGUCCCUCCUGCCCUUCUCUUUUCAACAAUUUACUGUCAUUGCAGUAUCAUCGAAAAGAAUGUGGCAAGUCGAGGGCAAUUGGAGGCUUGGAUGUAAAAGCGAAAGGAGGUUUAGAGAAGGAGACAAAGUGUGUUGUCCAAGACCUUGUGAAAACAUCUCAGUCAAACAACUCUGGCACUGAGAAAAUGACUCAAUCUGUUGCUGAGAAGGAAUGUGGUGAACAAAAGGAGAUCAAUGAGUCCCAAACCUUGAAGAAAGCUGCCACAAUCAACGCAACUGAUUUGAAAUACAAAUGUAAAGAGUGUGAGAGAAGCUUUGCCGUUGUAGGAGCACUGAAUUUCCAUAAAAGGAUUCAUGUUCUGGGUCACAAGUCUAAAGUAAAACCAAAGCUGAAAUUGCAAGUGGCCGCAAGCCCUGAGGAACCCAAGCAACCCAAAAAGGUAGAGCAUACAACUAAAGGCCAAUUCUGUUGUUCAGAAUGCGGAAGACGUUUUAUCUCCAAUGCAGCCCUUGGCACUCACAGACGAUGGCACACAGAUAAGAAGUUUGCUGGGUCACUGAUAAAAGAUGACAAGACAAAUUCUGUUGGGCACAAGUCAGUGGAUGAGGGACCUUUUCAGUGCAACAAGUGUGGAAAGGGAUUCUUCUACCUGUGUGUUCUCCGCCGACACCAGUUGUAUUAUCCGCCAUGUCAGACCAAAGCCGAACCAGAGCCUGCAGCUGACACCAGCAUGGAAGGCAACCGCAAACCCUCACACGCUGAAUUUGCAUGUCCAGAAUGUAACAAAACAUUCGUCAAGGGCUCACUUUUAGCAGCUCACUAUGAAAGUGAGCAUAACAAACCCAUUGAGUCUGCAGAUCUUCAGGUGGACCAGUCCAUGACCAUGUCCAUUGAAGAGGUCCCGGAGCAGCCUGCCACGUCACACAGCAAGUCUGAAGCCAUUCCAUUAAAGAAGCCAAAGCUUAAAUUAAAUCUUCACCAGUGUCCUCAUUGUGAUAUGAGCUUCUUGAAGGUUCGAGGCUUGCGUGCCCACAAAUGGCAGGCCCACUCCCAGGGCAAGAAGGUUAAGAGCAAGGGCACUUUGGCUGAGAGCAGGGACUCUGUUGCCAUAAACAACUUGGAUACCAAGGGAAAUGAACUGGUUAAUGAGAGUAAGGACUUAGUUACAGAAAACAAAGGCACGGUUGUCAAAACCGAACACUUUGUUACAAAGAGUAAGAAUGCUGUUGGCAGAAGAAGGAAGAAGGGUCGACCGGGUUUCAAAUCCAUCCCUUGCGUUGACUGUGGGAAGAGAUACAGUUCUUCUGGGGCACUCUAUAAUCACAAGAAGAUCUGUGGAGUGCUCAAGCAGGAAGUUAAACCAGGAAUGGCAGAAGUAGUGGCAGAGGAACCCUCAUCACCAACCCGCCUCUAUGAGCAGACAAUCAAAUGCCUCUUCAAGUGUGACAAGUGUGGCAAAGCUUUCCCAACUGAAGAGCAACUAGGAGCCCACAAGGACUUGGCAAAGAGCCGACCUCACUCUUGCACCCUGUGCUGCCGUGGAUAUUGGACUGAGACUCAGCUGCAACAGCACCUGGCCUGGCACGACGAGGUCCGCCGGCGACUCCCAACAGAGCUUCGUUACAGACUCAGUGCUUCUGUAAGCACAGGGCCCGCUAAGGUCAAUGUCCCUCUGCCUGAUUUGAAGGCGAAGUCAUCCCUCAAGCCACCACCUACACCCCCCUCCCGGCCACAGAAUAGCCACAAGUGCCAGCACUGUGGAAAAGCGUUCCUAUCUCCAGGUGCUCUGCAUAAACACGAGGCUCAACACGACAGCGAUGGCUCCUACCGUUGCUCCCUUUGUCCCCGGACCUUCAGUGAGAUUCGGGACCUCAUUGACCAUCACCAGGAAUGUAUGGGUGAUGACAAAGGGCAGAGAGAUCCCUACACUGCUGUCUCCUCAAGAUAUACUGAUGGCCUUACUUGCAUUGAAUGUGGAAUGUGUUUCAGUCGAGAGUUGGAGUUGCACCAGCACUACAUUGAACAUGCUCGUGGAGCAUAUUAGAUUAACAAUGGAACUACUACAAGGCAGGAGAUAUUAGAAGUCGAAUUUGACUUUUUCAUGCACUUAUGCACCUCUUUCUACUUCAGUUUAAUUUUCUCCAGGUUAUUUUUCAAAGACCAAGUGUCCAAGAGACUUGCUAAAUUUGACUAUUCUAAUUCUAUUAUAGAAUGCUGUUAACAUCAUUGCAAAUAUAUCCACUAAGUGCUUAUUUUAGCUCUUGACACUUAUUUGAUAUUUCUCAGGCUUUAUUUCACACUGGACCUGUACAGAAAUGUAAAAAUGUCUAAAGAAAAACGCCUUUUAUCAGUUCCCGUUUUAAAAUGUGUCCUCUUGGUGUAGAAAUAGAGAAAGAUAAAGUUUGCUAACUGCGGUUACAUUUAGAAAAUGGUGCUAUGUUUCUCUAUGCCGAGAAAUGAUUACAUCCUGUAAAGUACAGCAAUUUGUCUGUCAAGGGAAGCACUAAUUUAAGUUUGUUUUGCUUGACUUAGUAUGCAAGGGGAGAAGACGUGAGUCACCCACUUUCAGUAACAUGCACUUGACUGACUUUUGAAAAAUUAAUCAAGUUCUGGCUUUAACCUGUCUAUAUAAGAUGGAUGUUUAUAGUAUUACUAGUACCUAUUUUUGUCUGUUUUCGUUUGCAAAAUAUUACCACACUAACAUUGUAUCAUUAAUGAUUAGAAAAAUUGAAUGUUUUCCUGGAUUUCACUACCAAAGUUCCCCAAAUACUAACAGUUGAUUUGUUACUUUUCUCUUACUUUCAUGUGUUGUGAAAACAUUUAUCUAUCGUAAUGAGUUUGAUUUAACCAACUGGUUUAGCAUUUGUUCAUGGAGUUAUGUUAUUUUCCUUGGUUUAAAUGAAACCUUAAAGUUUUUAGACUAUUGCUAAUCUUUUGAAGUCGUUACCUUUAUCACUAAUUUCAAUGUAACCUUUUCCUUGUACCUUUAAACUACUACUGGUGUCUAACUAAUGCAGACAUUAAUGCAGACAUGAAGAGUUUGAGUAAAUGUUUAAAACUGUAGUUAAGUUUCCUGUGUGGUUCAUUGUGUUGACUAAGUUAUUGGUGUUAAUGGGCCUUUAAGCUUGACUCAAUAGAUUCUAGAGGGUUUGCAGUCAUGACGCAUCAUGUCAUGUUUACCGUUGGUCGGAAAUGGUUGAGAAACAUUAUAGAUGAUAAAACUCUUUAAAACUGCACUAUGUACAGUGCAUUCGGAAAAGUAUUCACACCCCUUGACUCUUUCCACAUUUUGUUACGUUACAGCCUUAUUCUAAAAUUGACUAAAUUGUUUUUCCCCCCAUUAAUCUACACAAUACCCCAUAAUGACAAAGCAAAAACAGGUUUUUAUAAAUUAUUAUUAUUGUAUAAAAAAUAAACUAUCACAUUUACAUAAGUAUUCAGACCCUUUACUCAGUACUUUGUUGAAGCACCUUUGGCAGCGAUUACAGCCUCAAGUCUUCUUGGGUAUGACGCUAUCAGCUUGGCACACCUGUAUUUGGGGAGUUUCUCCCAUUCUUCUCUGCAGAUCCUCUCAAGCUUUGUCAGGUUGGAUGUGGAGCAUCGCUGCACAGCUAUUUUCAGGUCUCUAUAAAGAUGUUCGAUCGUGUUCAUGUCUGGCCUCAAGGACAUUCAGAGCCUUGUCCCGAAGCCACUCCUGCGUUGUCUUGGCUGUGUGCUUAGGGUCGUUGUCCUGUUGGAAGGUGAACAUUCGCCCCAGUCUGAGGUCCUGAGCACUCUGGAGCAGGUUUUCAUCAAGAAUCUCUCUGUACUUUGCUCCGUUCAUCUUUGCCUCGAUCCUGACUAGUCUCCCAGUCCCUGCCGCUGAAAAACAUCCCCACAGCAUGACGCUGCCACCAUCAUGCUUCACCCUAGGGAUGGUGCCAGGUUUCCUCCAGACGUGACGCUUGGGUACCCUUCCCCAGAUCUGUGCCUCGACACAGUCCUGUCUCUGAGCUCUACGGACAAUUCCUUCGACCUCAUGCCUUGGUUUUUGCUCUAACAUACACUGUCAACAGUGGGACCUUUUUAUAUAGACAGGUGUGUGCCUUUUCCAAAUCAUGUCCAAUCAAUUGAAUUUACCACAGGUGGACUCCAAGUUGUAGAAACCUCUCAAGGAUGAUCAAUGGAAAAAGGAUGCACCUGAGCUCAAUUUCGAGUCUCAUAGCAGGGUCUGAAUACUUCUGUAAAUAAGGUAUUUAUGUUUCUUAUUUUUAAUAAAUUUGCUAACAUUUCUAAACCUGUUUAUCGCUUUUUCAUUAUGGGGUAUUUGUGUGUGUGUGUGUGUGUGUGUGUGUGUGUACAAACUCCACUAUGGCCAAGACCAAAGAGCUGUCAAAGGACACCAGAAACAAAAUUGUAGACCUGCACCAGGCUGGGAAGACUGAAUCUGCAAUAUGUAAGCAGCUUGGUUUGAAGAAAUCAACUGUGGGAGCAAUUAUUAGGAAAUGGAAGACAUACAAGACCACUGAUAAUCUCCCUCGAUCUGGGGCUCCAUACAAGAUCUCACCCCGUGGGGUCAAAAUGAUCACAAGAACGGUGAGCAAAAAUCCCAGAAACACACGGGGGGACCUAGUGAAUGACCUGCAGAGAGCUGGGACCAAAGUAACAAAGCCUACCAUCAGUAACACACUACGCCGCCAGGGACUCAAAUCAUGCAGUGCCAGACGUGUCCCCCUGCUUAAGCCAGUACAUGUCCAGGCCCGUCUGAAGUUUGCUAGAGUGCAUUUGGAUGAUCCAGAAGUGGAUUGGGAGAAUGUCAUAUGGUCAGAUGACUUUUUGGUAAAAACUCAACUCGUCGUGUUUGGAGGACAAAGAAUGCUGAGUUGCAUCCAAAGAACACCAUACCUACUGUGAAGCAUGGGGGUGGAAACAUGAUGCUUUGGGGCUGUUUUUCUGCAAAGGGACCAGGACGACUGAUCCGUGUAAAGGAAAGAAUAAAUGGGGCCAUGUAUCGUGAGAUUUUGAGUGAAAACCUCCUUCCAUCAGCAAGGGCAUUGAAGAUGAAACGUGGCUGGGUCUUUCAGCAUGACAAUGAUCCCAAAUACACCGCCCGGGCAACGAAGGAGUGGCUUCGUAAGAAGCAUUUCAAGAUCCUGGAGUGGCCUAGCCAGUCUCCAGAUCUCAACCCCAUAGAAAAUCUUUGGAGGGAGUUGAAAGUCUGUGUUGCCCAGCGACAGCCCCAAAACAUCACUGCUCUAGAGGAUAUCUGCAUGGAGGAAUGGGCCAAAAUACCAGCAACAGUGUGUGAAAACCUUGUGAAGACUUACAGAAAACGUUUGACCUGUGUCAUUGCCAACAAAGGUGUGUGUGUGUGUGUGUGUGUGUGUGUGUAUAUAUAUAUAUAUUUUUUUUAUUUAUUUUUUAUUUUUUUAAAAUGCAUUUUAGAAUAAGGCUGUAACAUAACAAAAUGUGGAAAAGGUGAAGGGGUCUGAAUACUUUCCCAAUGCACUAACGUUUUGGGGGACCUGACCAAAUUCACAUAGAAAUGUGUGUUAUAGAACUGUCAUUUUCAUUGAAAGCAAUUCUAAGAAGCGGUAGAUACAUUUUAUGUGCGUUUUAUUUCUAUGCUUACAGUUCUUAAAUUUAGUUUUUGUCUUUUACUUUCGGUUUUGUACACAAGCUGAAAAUACAAUAUUUUUGGUUAUGGAAAAUAUAUUUCACAGCAGUGUAGAUGGUACAAUAAUUCUCUACACUAUACUUUGCUUUUUUUGUCACAAACUGAAAUUAGGUUAACUAUUUCAGCAACCAGGAAAUGGCGGCGUGAUUUCUGCGUAGUUAAUCUUUUUUAAUUGUUUCACACUUUCAAAUGAUAAAACCUAUACAAUUGUUCCAGUCUAAAAACAGUACUAGGUAUACUUUAUACAGUUUCAAAAGUAUUGGCAGUGAAUUUUUUGGGGGGGAUAAUCCUGAAUGAGUCCUGAAUAAUGAUGAGUGAGAAAGUUACUCACAUAUCAUACUCCCAAGACAUGCUAACCUCACACCAUUACAGUAACAGGGGAGGUUAGAAUUUUGGGGGGGUUAUGCUAUUUGUGCGUCUAACUUUCUCACUUAUUAUUUACGAUUCAUUCAGGAUUAUCUGUAAUCAUGGUAGAAUCCACAUUAAUGUAGAAGUGUUUAGAAACAUUCUAUUCUUAUUUACAGUAAAAGUGAAUCCAAAAUGACACUACAUUAUUUACCAUUCAUUUCUAUUGGGCACAAAAUAAUCUGAAACACAACCAAAGCAAACAGCAAAUGAAUCCAACAAAUUUGUAGAGUCACAAGCUUGAUGUAGUCAUUGCGUGAAAGGGAAUAUGGGACCAAGUACUUAACUUUUUCAUACACAUGUCCCCAUACUUUUGGUCCCCUAAAAUGGGGGGAUCAUGUACAAAAAGUGCAGUAAUUUUCUAAACGGUUAAUCCGAUAUGGAUGAAAAUACCCUCAAAUUAAAGCAGCCUGCACUUUAACCACAGUCAUUGCACACUACAUGACCAAACGUAUAUGGACACAUGCUCGUCGAACAUCUCAUUCCAAAAUCAUGGGCAUUAAUAUGGAGUUGGUCCCCCCCAUUUGCUGCUAUAACAGCCUCCACUCUUCUGGGAAGGCUUUCCACUAGAUGUUGGAACAUUGAUGCGGGGACUUGCUUCCAUUCAGCAACAAGCAUUAGUGAGGUUGCGAACUGAUGUUGGGCGAUUAGGCCUGGCUCGCAGUCGGUGUUCCAAUUCAUCCCAAAGGUGUUCGAUGGGGUUGAGGUCAGGGCUCUGUGCAGGCCAGUCAAGUUCUUCCUCACCGAACUCGACAAACCAUUUCUGUAUGGACCUCGCUUUGUGCACAGGGGCAUUGUCAUGCUGAAACAGGAAAUGCCUUCCCUAAACUGUUGCCACAAAGUUGGAAGCACAGAAUUGUCUAGAAUGACAUUGUAUGCUGUAGCGUUAAGAUUUCUCUUCACUGGAACUAAGGGGCCUAGCCCGAACCAUGAAAAACAUCCCCAGACCAUUAUUCCUCCUCCACCAAACUUUACCGUUGGCACUAUGCAUUGGGGCACGUAGCAUUAUCCUGGCAUCCACCAAACCCCAAUUCGUCUGUCGGACUGCCAGAUGGUGAAGCGUGAUUCAUCACUCCAGAGAAUGCGUUUCCACUGCUCAAGAGUCCAAUGGCGGCGAGCUUUACACCACUCCAGCCGACACUUGGCAUUGCGUAUGGUGAUCUUAUGCUUGUGUGCGGCUGCUCGGCCAUGGAAACCCAUUUCAUGAAGCUCCGACAAACAGUUAUUGUGCUGACGUUGCUUUCAGAGGCAGUUUGGAACUCGGUAGUGAGUUUUGCAACCAGGACAGACUAUUUUUACGCACUUCAGCACUCGGCGGUCUCGUUCUGUGAUUUUGUGUGGCCUACCACUUCGCGGCUGAGCCGUUGUUCCUCUUAGAUGUUUCCACUUCACAAUAACAGCACUUAGUUGACCAGGGCAGAAAUUUGACGAACUGACUUGUUGGAAAGGUGGCAUCCUAUGACGGUGCCAUGUUGGAAGUCACUGAGCUCUUCAGUAAGGCCAUUCUACUGCCAAUGAUUGUCUAUGAAGAUUGCAUGGCUGUGUGCUCAAUUUUAUACACCAGUCAGCAACGGGUGUGGCUGAAAUAGCCAAAUCCACUAAUUUGAAAAGGGUCCACAUACAUUUGUUUAUGUAGUGUAUCAUUUCAAAUCCAAAGUGCUGGAGUGCAGCGCCAAAACAACCUGUCACACUUCCAGUACUUUUGUAGCUCACUGUAUAUGUUGGGGGUGUAAGUGGUGUGUGUUUGUAUAAUGUGAUCAGUCUUGCAGUGUAUUCUAAUAAAGUAUGUAUCCAAUCAUGUUAAUGAUUAAUGAGCCUAAAUAUGGAAUGUUUUGAGGUGACAAGGAGUGUGAUUUGAGCAUAUUGAUCCUAGCAGUGGCGAGAACUACAUACCUGUAAGUUUGAGUUUUCUCGUGCACUUAAAGUUGCAAUAUGUAACUUUCUGGGAGACCUGACCAAAAUCACAUAGAAAUGUGAGUUAUAGCUCUUUCAUCCUCAUUGAAAGCAAGUCUAAGAAGCGGUAGAUCUGUUCUAUUUCUAUGCUUCCCGUUCUUAAGCUUCGUUUUUGCGUCUUUUACUUUGUUUUGUAUACCAGCUUCAAACAACUGAAAAUACAAUACUUUGGGUUAUUUAAAAGCUAUUUCACAGUGGUUUAGAUGUUACAAUGAUUCUCUACACUAUACAUUGCUUAUUUUGCCACAAACUAUUAGAAUUUUAGCAACCAGGAAAUGGCAGAGCGAUUUCUGCAUAUUGCACCUUUAAAACACAAUAUGGUUGUGCCUGUGCUAAAAUGUGUCAAUUGGUGAAAACAUCUUGCUUGUGAAAAAUAUGCCCCUUCAUCCUAAAUCCCACGGCGAUGCUGCUGAUAGUUUCUCAGAUUGAAUUGCCAAACUAUCUUUACAAAAUAAUUGAAACAAGUUCAAAUAAAUUGUUGAAAGUUUAACAAAAUUACAGGCAUGUCACGGUACUAUAUUGUCCUAAUUUAUGCUCCCUUUCUCUCCUCCACAGUGAAACUAGCCAGCAUGAGGUGUCAGGACUGUGGACAGCAGUUCACUCGCUGGGAGGCCUUCAAGACUCACCUUCGCAAGCAUGUCCUGGAGGAGGCGAUGGCGGAGGAGGAGGAAAGAAGGCAGAGCAUCAAGAGAGCCCUGGAGACUAACAGGAGCAACAGCAAUGUGGAGUCGGCAGCACCUGAGAAAAAGCAGAAAAAGAAUGACGACGGUGAUUAUGAAGAGAACAGUGACGUAGACGUGGAAGGUGAUGAAGAAGAUGAAGAGUUCUUCGACAGUUCCUGGCAGGUCAGACCAUCAGAGAUUGUCACGGUUCGUCCCCGCGUCGCCAUGCUGUCUGAGGAGGAGAAGCCAGUCUUCAGCAGCUCCCACAGGGUCUAUGCAUGCUCCAUCUGUGGGAAGGUCUACUCCUACCUCGAGUCGUUUAGAAAUCACCAGAAGACGCAUGAAAAAGAAGAGAAAAAAAAACCCACGGAGAACAAGUGCCCGGACUGUGGGAAGGUCUUUGCUCGCCCAUCCCUUCUGGUGACUCACUUGAAAGUGCACAGGCCUCCCGUGCCGAUGGAACCCUCCACUCUGAAGUGCGAUCAGUGUGUAAAAAACUUCAAUUCCCUGCAGACGUAUUUGAUCCACAUGGACCUGCACAAGCAGAAGCCCUUCUGGUGCCUGGCCUGUGCCAAGGGCUUUAGGGAUGAGCUCUCUCUGGACAAACACCUGCAGGGCCACAACCUGAGGCGCCACAAGUGUGACAUCUGUGAAAAAUCUUUCCGCGUGCCCGCUGAGCUCCGCUACCACUACAAUACUCACACCGGCGCCAAGCCCUACAAAUGCACGCUCUGCAAGAAGAACUUCUCCCAGCUGGGCAACCUCAUCACGCAUCGGAAGAAGCACGUAGGGGUCUACGUCGGGGCCAGUAAGACCCCACUGGGACCCAGGAACCACCUGUUUGCUGGGAGGAGAAGGGUGACUGAGAUGAAGAGGCUGGUGUUCACAGGGAUGGGUAGCACAGAGGAGGCGGAGGUGAUAGAUACGCUUCAAGAGGAAGAGGAGCAGGAGGAGGAGGAAGAAGAGGAGGAGGAUAUUGAGGUGGCAGACGAGAAAGUGGGUGAGGAGGAAUCUGGAUCAGAAGAGUCGGGGUCUGAGUCUAGUUCUGAAGAUUCUGGCGCUGAGGAGAAGGAGUCGUCGGGUUCGGAGUCGGGAUCGUCUAAAUCAGAUUCAUCAGACUCCUCUGGAUCUGAUUCCUCUGACGACUCUGAUUCCUCUGGUUCAGGAGUGGAGGAGGAGGAGCAAGAGGGGAAAGAAGAGACUGCACUGGAAGCACUUGUGGCGGAGCAACAGAAAAUACAUAAGGAAUGGGAGUGUUUUGAAUGUGGUGAAGGGUUUGAUCAAGAGUCAGCGUUGCACCUGCACUAUAUGAAACACGCCAGUGGGGAGCUGCCGGUACAAUGA